UGUGAAUCGUUGGAUUCUUCAAUCGUUUAAAGAUAUCACUAUCGUAAUUUGUGAAGAAACUUUAGACGUUCGUUUUCUUCUUUUUAGAGUAAAGGUCAAUUUGCUAAAUUAAGCAACUAAUUUAGUAAAUCAAUGUAAACUAAUUUUUAACAGUUUUUGUAUUUUUGGUUGAUGUUAAUUUUCGUGGUUGGCGGUUACAAUGGUGAAGCCAUAAAAACGCGUCCAAUCUCAAACCUCACCUGAGAAACCGCAAAAGUCAGAUCUAUUACCUUACAUUUUACGGUGGAAGAACAUUUGAUCUCAAAUCGGGAAAAAUGGCGAGUGUGUCACCAUUAGCAAAGUACAAGCUCGUGUUCCUUGGAGAUCAAUCCGUUGGCAAGACCAGCAUCAUCACUCGUUUCAUGUACGACAAAUUCGAUACCACUUAUCAGGCAACCAUUGGAAUUGAUUUUUUGUCAAAAACAAUGUACCUUGAGGAUAGGACUGUUCGUCUCCAACUAUGGGAUACUGCAGGACAGGAGAGAUUUCGAAGUCUAAUACCAAGUUAUAUCAGAGAUUCUUCUGUUGCUGUAAUUGUCUAUGAUGUUGCAAAUAGGCAGUCAUUCUUGAACACAUCCAAGUGGAUUGAGGAUGUUCGUACAGAGAGAGGUAGCGAUGUCAUCAUUGUUCUGGUUGGUAACAAAACAGAUCUCGUCGACAAAAGGCAAGUGUCGAUUGAGGAAGGUGAUAACAAAGCUCGUGAUUAUGGAGUAAUAUUCAUUGAGACCAGUGCAAAAGCAGGAUUUAACAUCAAGCCACUUUUUCGCAAGAUUGCAGCAGCGUUACCAGGAAUGGAAACACUUUCUUCAACGAAACAAGAGGAUAUGGUUGAUGUGAAUCUAAAGACUUCGAGCAAUUCGGCUCAAGGGGAGCAACAACGAGGUGGUUGUGCUUGUUAAUCAGUUUUAAAUAUAUACACAGCAGCAGAAUAGGAAGAUUUUUAAACGAAAGAUUCAUAAUUUUAUGGAACAAAUAAAUCCUGGUAUGAGGAAAGGUGAUUACACUUGGAGACUCUAGUUUUUCUUUGGAGAGGUUUUGUUUUCAAUAUAGAGUUGUGUAAUAAAGACGUCUGAAAGCUUAUGAAGAAGAAUGGCAUGUUUUGCUCUGUUCUCA